GGCGGGCGGGGCGGGGCGGGGCGGGGCAGGGCGCGCAGGGGUCGGUUGCGGCGGCCCGGGCAGGGAGGAACCAUGGCGGCCGUGGCCCACUGCGUGCGGGGUGCGCUGCGCUCGCGCUACCCGCUGCUGAGCCUCUCGCUGAGGACUUCUCCACGACUGCUUUGUGUAGCAACACAACAGAAAAAUACCAGCCAGAAUUUGGAAGAGGACCAGAGACAGAGUCAAAAUGAGCAGAAGGCUGAACUGAGCUCUGCUGAGAAAAUGUCAGCUGAAGAAAAGGCAAAACUGGAAGAACAGCUAAAAGAAGUUACUGACAAGUACAAGCGAGCCCUGGCAGAUGCAGAAAACGUGAGGCAAAGAAGCCAGAAACUGGUAGAAGAGGCAAAGUUAUACGGAAUUCAGAGCUUCUGUAAGGACUUACUAGAAGUUGCUGACAUUUUGGAGAAAGCAACAGAAAGUGUUCCAGAAGAAGAAAUUAAGGAUGAAAAUCCUCAUCUGAAGAGCUUAUACGAAGGUCUUGUCAUGACAGAAGUACAGAUUCAAAAAGUGUUCAAAAAACACGGCCUGCUCAGACUGAAUCCUGUUGGAGCCAAGUUUGAUCCCUACGAACACGAAGCGCUGUUCCAUGCUCCCAUGGAAGGGAAGGAGCCUGGCACUAUUGCGUUAGUAUCCAAGAUUGGCUAUAAGCUGCAUGGGCGUACGCUGCGGCCUGCCUUGGUGGGUGUUGUGAAAGACGCCUAGCUGCUUAAUUUGAGAAUUUAAAAUGCCAUACAACUAUUUAACAGCUGGAUGGUUUUUCUCUUACAUCACGCUUUCCUCCUUCCUCUGUCCCCUGAGAGAGGUUUAAAUGAGCCAGUUGUGAUCUUCCCAGUGAAAACGAAACGAACAAUGAAAUUGCACUGCUUAGUGGCCUUCAACAUCAGUGUUCUAUAAGGUCUAAAGAUUCUUAAGUGUGAACUACAAAAGCCAUUAAGCCCUCUGAUGCUUCAGAAAACAUUUAACAGAGUCAUUGCUGCUGAAGGUGCGUUAAAUUCAGAGGAACAAAACGCUCAUGAGAAUUCUUACAUCUUGUGUUUGUCACUAUCCAGAGUGCAAAUCCAAACAGUUAUUCAAACGCUUCCUUUUGUUUUGUAGGAUCUAAUAUUGCAGAAGUGGGUGAAGUAGUACAAAUAACCAGUUCCCUGCAAGUGUCCACCAGCUUUCACAUGCUGUUGUGAUAAAUGCCUUUUUUUUUGUUUUGGUAAUAUGUCUAUUCAGAAGUAGAGCCUCUCUCAACAACUGAAAUUGCAACCUUUGUGAAUUCUGACCUGUAAGGAAAAGGCAAUGGAGAGUAGACAUCUUUUGUAAUUGCUCAGUCCUUUUUGUUCUGUAUUAAAGUUGUCUCAAGAAAACCA